AUGAGAGCUGGUGCGAUGGCUUGCCUGCUUGAACAUCUGCCCCAGCUCAUUUGGCUGGCUCUUGAGCACUCCUGCUCCCUCGACCAGCAAACAAAUUGGGCUGCGGUGGAGUGCUUGCACAGCGUGUUUGAGGGUCUGCAUGGAAUGGUGCACUGUUCAUCUACCAACCACAACCCAGCAGUGCAAUUCUUGUGCAAGCUCCUCACAGACGACGCAUCUGUGAUUCGGGACAUCAACAUUUCAUCUGGUCACGGGGACCCAGCGCAGCCCAGUCAUUAUGCAAAUAUGAGCUGGUUCUCUUCGCCAACCCUGUGGAAGGAUUGCGGAGAGAUGUUGGACAUGGACCCUCAUGUGUACACAGCUAUCAUUCGGGCUUUGGACUACCCAGCUCUGCUGCUUGAGCAUGUGCGGAGGAGUGCAGGCAUGGUGCUUUUGCAUUCUUAUUGCGAGGUGCCAGAGAACGAGAGGCUCACCAAAGCAAUGGCAGCAACUUCGCAGCAGAUCCCUCCCAAUCUCCAGACACUGGCAGAGGGGUCCUGGUGCCUCGUGCUGAAUUUGUUGCAAGAGGGGCUCUCCAAGGUGUCUGUGCAUGCGGCUCAGUCUGCUCUUGAAGCCAUGUUCCGGCUGCUGCCGCAUGCCUGGGCCCUGAUGUCAGGCUGUCGGUCAUCUAGUAGCCAAACAGUCUCUGAGGAUGUCCUGUUGGCCCUGGGUGACAUGUCCUGGCUUGUCAACGCUCUGCUGUGGGGGCUGCAGUGCCCAGACGCACUUUCAAAAGUGUGGGUCAGCAGCCUCUGCCAGGUGUUGGACAUGCUGCCCAAGCCCAUCACUGCAGUGUUGCCAGAGGAGUGCCUUGAUGUUGCGCAGAGAGUCCUAGCUCCCAGCAGCUGCCUUUCCGAUGACGCAAAGGGCAAUGCUGACAGCAAGGCUAAGGCUGCGCCAGUGAGCAAGCUGAAGGCUGAAAUCAGCAAGAUGAAAGGAGCUGCCACACAGCAACCAAAGUUCAAGCGCCCAUCUCUGCGACAGCCUGGUCCACAAAGUGUGAGCAGCAACUACGGAGCAAAGCAGAGCGCUGAAAGUUCUGGUGAGCCUGGAAGGUCAAAUAGACCGCUCUCCAUCACUCCUGAUCGGCAGCUGGAUGCGGAACGGGACAGGAGGAAGUCCUCUGAGCAGCAGGCUACACUCACCAUGGACAUUGUGAAGCGCGACAUGCUGGGCCACAGCAUCUCUGAUAUCAUGAAGGAGAGAUCAGGGCUGAGGGUGGGCACAGUUGAAAGGACCACCUGGGAUGAUGUCAACCUGUACAGCAACACAUUCCACGACCUCCUGCUGGAGGAGCUGCGCUCAAACCUCAAACAGGCCCUGGAGACAUCUGGACGGAGGGGUUGUGAUCACGUCCUGCAGCUCCGCAGCAUUCAGCGCCAGAGCGAGAUGCAUGUCGUCGAGCUCCUCAUGGACGCUUCAGAUGGGCAGCCUUUCAGGAGCAGCGAUGUGCUCUUGCUGACCAGCACGUCCAAGGGCACCAGCAGGAACGAGGCAGUGCAGCUUCUCAUUCUGGUCGAGAGCGUUGAAAGGGAUCCAGCCAGCCGAGAUCAGAAAGUUGUCCAGGCACUCGUGAAUAUGACUCCCAAGCAGAGCGGUGACACACCCCAGGAUCUCCAAGCAACCUUCCUGCCCCGCACAAAGUGGCAGGCCAAGCACCUGCUGUCAUGUGUGCCUCACUUACGCCAGUUCCAGGCGCUGUGCAAGGUUGCCCAGUUCCCGCCUGCUCUGCUGGACCUUCUGCUGCAGCCCAAGCGCUACACGGGUCAUAUGAGCCCAGCUCUGGGAAGGGCAGGGCUGCCAGCCAGCUUCUCCGCUUUCCAGCGCCAGCACAAUCCCUCGCAGCAGGCCGCCAUUGCUGCCGCGCUGGACACGCGACAAAGCCUUGCCAGUCUGAUCCAGUCCAAUGCGGCUGUUGAUGAGCUGGCGCUGCGCCUCUCCAGGAACAUUCUCAAUGCCGCCGGCAAGGCAAGGUCUGCCUCUGUUGUGCGCCUGGGCGUACUGGAGGCUACAAGCGCUGAUGUUCAGGCUCUGCACAUCGACACCCUGUCGGGCUGCCGCGCGGACGAGGAGCAAUCGGCAGUCUCAGCCUCUGGUGAAGACGGCAGCGAGCAAGGAGGCAAGCAGAGCAGCUGUGAUGAGCAAGCAGCUGACCGUGGCAAAGCGAAGGCAAAGCUGGAUGCCUUGCACAGCCGGCGCAGGCAACUGACAGCCGAGCUGCGUGCUGCCACAGAAGAGGUGCAAGUUGGCGGGCAGCAGGUACAGCAGGCCAGCCGCGCGGUGCGUGCAGCUGUGAUCAGGGAGGCUGAAGCCGUUGUGUGCACCCUGUCGUCUGCCGGCGGAGAGCUGCUGGCAAUACAGGCUGGCGGCUUGGAAGCCUUUGACGCUGUCAUCAUCGACGAGGCAAGCACACUUGCAGCACAGGCGGUGGAGCCGGCAGCGCUGAUCCCGCUGCAGAUGCUCAAGCCUGACGGCAAGGUGGUACUUGUGGGAGACCCCAAGCAGCUGCCGGCCACAGUUGUGUCCAGAGAAGCCGAGGCGGCUGGGCUGUCGCGCAGCCUCUUCGAGCGAUUGCAGCAGGGUGGUGUGGCGGUGUCCCUGCUGGCUGAGCAAUACCGCAUGCAUCCAGCCAUCAGCGCCUGGCCCUCCUCCUUCUUCUACAGCGGCCACUUGAAGGAUGCCCCUGCGGUGCUGGGAAAUGCACGCACUGCGCCCUUCCAUCGGACUCCCUGCUUCCCUCCAUUUGCGUUCUUCGAUUGCAGGGAAGGCGAGGAGAGCAGAGGCAGCGGCUCAGGGUCUGGGGCAGCAGCAUCUCUGUACAACUCCACUGAGGUUGAUCUGGCAUCCUCCCUCUUCACAGGCCUGAUGAAGGAGCACGGGAAGGCUCUGGGCUCAGUGGCAGUGCUGUCUUCCUACAAAGCCCAGGUCACAGCACUGUGCUCACACUUUCAGCGGGUGCACGGCGCCGCAAAGAUGGCAUCUGUGGAGUUUGCAACAAUAGAUGGCUUUCAGGGACGAGAGGCGGACGUGGUCAUCUUCUCAUGCGUGAGGGCACGCGCGAGUGACAGCGGCGGAUUGGGGUUCCUGGCCGAUGUCAGGCGCAUGAAUGUGGCGCUCACGCGGGCCAGGCAGUCGCUGUGGGUCAUUGGCCGCGUCAGCACGCUCCAGGGCUGUGCUCCCUGGGCGGCGCUCAUCAAGCACGCAGCAGCCAAGGGCUGCCUCUUUGCAGCACUCCGCCCGUUCGAGCAGCUGCUCCGCGCCAGCCAUGAUGAGCUCACAGCUGACGCAGCUCGUGCCAUGACAGCGCGCUCCAGCAGGCAGACCAAAGAGAGGAGGCGAGGCAGAAGCUCUGGGGAAGAGCUAACAUGGAUCUGCGCAGCAUCCUACAAAUUCUACAAUGACAAAUGAAAAAAAUCUCAUACCAGAUCACCUCUGUCACCCAAUUGAUUCAUUGCAAGCAUUAACUGCUCUUGCAACUCAACACUGUGGCCACAGGCGCAAUGUGCAGACAGCACCAUGUGCUUCAAAGCUGCAUUGCAAAUGGUCUUGAAACUGCUUUAGCACCUACAACGAUGUCUCAUCUCUUCCUAAUUGCUUAUCGCUCCGGCAGUCUGCUUAUGUUUCUACAAGGUGAGUCUAUAACAGUGACGGUAAAUGGCGUUCUUUGUGUUGGGUUAUUUGUAGUCGUCAUUAUAAUGAUGGCCACCAAAAGUUUUGCAAUGCUUUCACUCGCCCUGCAAGGCGUCCUCCUUAUGGUCGAGUGUUUCAAUUUGCAGCUGGUGAGUCUCAGUUCUGCAAUCCUUCAACUCAGUCCCUCAGAAGGUGCCCAGGCUGCGUCCAACCUUGUGCACCUUCUUUGCAAAACUUCUCUUCUAUGCUUCAAGGGCUGUUGUGCCUCUUUACUCAUGCUCCUGAGGGGCACUUGCGCAUGGGGAGUCACUGCGCAGAGAUCC